AUGGGGCCGGGUGUCCUCAGCAGGCACGCACGCUGCACACGCAUUCACACACCACCGCCCAUCGACACUCAGCUGCUCGGUGGAGGUCGCGGCCAUGCACAAUUGGCCCGUUUGCCUCAAAAAUCGUUUGCUUCUCAACCAAGAAGCGCCAGCAGUUGUGACUGGCUGAAUGUUCUCCUUGGAUGUUCAUUGUCUUCUUCUUCUUCUGGUCCUUUCCAGGCUUUUGCCAAUCCCGAGGACGCGCUCAAACAUGGUGGCUUGGAGUUCCACAGAGAAGAUCCCUAUGUGCAGAGAUGUCUCAGGGUUCAUCGCAACGACGUGGAGACCAUCUUCCCGUUUCUCUUCAUCGGGGCCGUCUAUAGCUUCCUGCAUCCCAGCCCAGUGGUGGCUCGGAUCCACUUUCUGAUCUUCUUCCUCGGCCGGAUGCUUCACACCGUGGCCUACCUCCUCCCGCUGAGACCUCCCACCCGCUCCGUGGCCUACAGCGUGGCUCAGAUCCCGUGUUUCUCCAUGGCUUUGCAGAUCCUCGUUUCAGUGAUCCGGCAUUAGCGGCCGUCGGUGGCCUUCGUCCCCAGUGGCUCCUGCGUGAUAUUAAGUAGAGGACGUGAAGGGAGAGCAAGAAUCCAAAGGGAAGAAAUCAAGGCUUCACCCUAUGGCUGAGUUAUCCUGAACUCGUUCCAGCUUCUCUCUCUCUCUCUCUCUUUCUCGGGAGAAAAAGGCUAUAAUGGAUGGACUUCUUAUCUCCUGCUUGUAAGGCGUGGAGGAUAACUUUGCAAUCUCCAGGUUUGCUUCGGAGGAAUUUACAGUGUGGGCAAGCCAGAAACAUCCCAACUUGGGUGGGUGUGAGGGACCCUUUUCCUGCAUCAGUUGAAGGAUGAAAUCCAUUCUCCUCUAGAGAGGGCCCCCUCACUGCAGCUGAAGCCUCUGGGGGUCUGCCCUUCCCAGCGAUGAGGUGUUCAGAGUCCAGAGUGGGUUGAGUUAUGGACACGUCUCUUCACCUUCACAUGGUUUGUAAUGGAACAAAUAAAAAUCAAAAUUAAAAGGUGUUUGCACUGCUGG